UCAGAUAGCUGUCACUUUUCUGUCAUUAAAAUUUCUGUAUAUUUCUUUUCAGUCAAAAAUACUUACAAGUUGUUGAUGUUUAUUAAUUCACGUGAAUAAAGUGUAAAUUAAAAACACAAAAAAACAUUAACUUGCGCCAUUUCAAACUAUUAAAAUAAAUCUUAUAAAUAUGCGUUGUGCUGUUUACAAUUGCAGUACCCACAAUAAAACUAAAGAUGGAAAAAGGGACGACGUUUCGUUUUUCUCCUUCCCAAAAGAUGAAGAACUUUGCCAAAAGUGGAUUGCUGCAUGCUGCAGGGCAGACGAUAUGAAUCAUUUGAGUUCGAGAGUUUGUCACAAACACUUUCGAGAUGAGGAUUUUCAACCGAGGAACGAUUUCUUGGCAAGUUAUGGAUUUAAACAAAUUCGUCGUCGUCUGCAUUCGAAUGCAAUACCAACACUCCUUUUGCCAGGACAAGUGAAUUUGCCAAAUAAACCGAAUCCUACUCCUCCUACAAAACCAACACUUCUUUUGCCAGGACUUAAAAUACCAAAUAAAGUGAAUCCUACUCCUUCUCCAAGACCUGCGAAACCACCAAGCUUUGUCGUUGUUUCAAAAGCGAAACCACCAAGCUUUGUCGUUGUUUCAAAAGCGAAACCACUAAGCUUUGUCGAUGUUUCAAAAGUGGAAGCUUCAAUGUGCACAACAUGCCUUUCAAAUUUAGAUGAAGGCGCCAAACUCACAGAAGCUCUAAUACAUUUCCUUCGUGAUAUUUUGCAUUUUAAAGCAGAGCUUUUAGAAACAUCCCGAAAAACCAUUUGUCGCAAAUGUUACAAAACUUUAAUUGACCUCAAAUGUUUCUACACUCAAUUGCGAGAUGUUGAGGUUUAUUUUGAAAAUAAAUCCAAAGCAGUAUGUAAUUCAAAAGAAAAUGAUAUAGAAGAUGAAGUCGAAGACGAUGACGACGAACCGCCAUACAUUGGAGAAAUGCCAUGUGCAGUUUCUAUGGCUGAGGAUGAAUCAAAACUAGAUCCUAUUCUAAUUGACGAAGAUGAAGAAUGUUCUGUUAUUGAAGAUGAAACUCCAUUAAAAAAACAGAAAACAUCUGAUAAUGCCACGGGGAAAAGAUUCGUCUGUUUAACAUGCAGCAAACUCUUUAUGAGUAUUGAUGAUCUUCGUUCACAUGAAAAAACCGCACAUUCCCGUCAGUCGAUAAAAAAUGCUAAAACUGUAUUUUUACAAGCAAAUCCUCUUCCUGUGUCUCCUACAGAAGUUAAAUGCACUGAAUGUGGGAAAAGUUUCUUGAAUAGAAUCAUUUUGGAAGCUCAUAUGAGAAAGCAUCAAACUAACAAAAAAUCUGAAGAUGUAAUUUGUCUUGCUUGCAAACACAAAUUUCCAAACAAAGAACUAUUGCAAACACAUCAAAGCAAACAUGAGUGUAAAAUGUGCUCGAUUAAAUUUUGCAGUCUGGCGAAUCUUCAUGUUCAUAUAAAGGAGAAACAUAAUGGGAGCACCAUAGCAGAAAAGAAGAAGAGAAAUGUAAAUAAACAAUACAAAGUCUGGACCCAUGGUGAGAAAAUUCGACUUAUACAGCUAAGGACGGAAAAUAAUGAAAUGUUCACCAGCAAAAAUGCAAUUCCAAAAGGAUGUUGGAGGACCAUAGCUGACAAAUUGGGAAGCAAGGAUGCCAACUUGUGCAAGCAGCAAUGGAAAAAUCUUCUGCAUAAAUACAAGGCAUGUUUGGCGCAUAACACAGAAGAAGGUGCAGACGAUGAUGGACCAUAUGAAAAAAAGGAAUGGCCUUAUUUUGAUUUGAUACAUCAAUUUAAAUUAAAAGAGGAUAACAACUUACCGAUGCCAACGCUUGACAGCCAAGACGACGGUGGACAGCUAGUCGUCUAAAAAGAAUCAGAGUCACCUGUUUCUCCCACAUCACCAUCUUCGGCGUUUCCAAAUCCACUGACGUUCAACUUUGAUUUAGAUAAAAUGGAUUUUAUUGAAACUUAACAUAUUAUACAGUGUUAAGAUUUUUUACUUUUAAGAAAUCUUGUAUGGCAUGGCAACAGCCAUCUUCCAGAUUGACUAUUUUAUUCUAUUUUAUGCAUUAAGUGUCGCGAUUCUUAUAAUUUUCCAUUUUCAUUAAACAAUAAAAAAAAACAAUGAAA